UUCCGUCACAUAUUUGGCCAAAUGCUCAAGAACAGUUGUUAGGGGCGUGGCCUCUUCAGCCAGCAUAUAAAACUAAAUUUGACAAUGUGCAGCAACUUUAGUUGCCAGUCGUCAGGUGCCGCGGCGUGACUUUAAUUGUCACAAUCUUCAACGAAAUGUAUUUGCCGGCGCGUUUUUGCCUGCUCAGUGUGCUCUUUGCCCUGGCUAACGGUCAGAGGAGCAAGCCGCGGGCUGAACGUCCACAGGGACGCACAUUGGGUCUGCUCUCGCCGCUGCUCUUCGGCUCCACGGGACCGUUGUUCGAUGCGCCAGUGGCGCCUCUGGGCGGCAUCAGCGGGGGCGGGGCGGCGGCUGGCGCGGGCAGUGGCACGCAGUCGGAUCCGUACUAUGGUGGCGCAGGAGGAGCAGGAGCAGGAGUAGGAUACGGAGGCGGAGGUGGAUACGUAGGCGGAGGAGGAUACGGAGGCGUAGGUGGAGGAGGAGGAUAUGGAGCCGGAGUCGGAGCUUAUCCUGGCUAUGGCAGCGUCUACGGCUACAGGCCCAACUAUGCAUUCAACUUGGGCCUGGGCUAUCCGGGGCUGGGUCAGAGCUAUUAUGGCUAUCCAGGCUAUGGCUUAUACAGGCCCAGCUACAACUACAACUACGGCGGCUAUCAGCGGCCCGUGCAAUAUCCGGGCAACUAUUACGGCUCCAGGCCCAACUACGGCAAUUACAACAACUACAACAACAAUUAUGGCAACUAUGGAAACAGACCCUCCGCCUACGGCAGCUACGCAUCAGCCGUGCCGCCAGUUAGUGCCAAUCCAAGCGCGGGCGUGUCACCUGGUGCCGGCGCGAAUCCGGGCGCCGGAGCUGGGGCUGGCUCACAGCUGAACACAGCGCAGGCGGCGCAGCUGGCUGGACUGCUGGGCCAAGCGCUGGGCAGCAGCUUGCGACCCUUGGUGGCCAAUGGCGGUGCGGGCGGUGCGGCCGGAGCUGCCGGAGGCGCCAAUCCGCAGGCGCUGCAAAGUCUUUUGGGCUUGUUGGGCUGA